AUGACUUCUGACAGGGCGGACGAGUCUGGAAGGAUGGUUGAGGCAAUCGAAAAGGAAUUGGUGGAGGAGAUCAAGCACAAAUACGGCGAGAUAGAAAAGGCCAUAGAAAAGGUUAUUGAGAAUGUGGAGAGACUACACGGCGAUCUACUUGGCGAGAUAAGGGCGGUAUAUAGAGGAGUGGAGGAGAGCAAUCUUAUGUAG